GAAUGAGAAAUGUAUGAGCUCCCCCCUCCAUAAUAUUCGUUUGAAUGAGCAAGAUUCCUCCUAGACAUUCUAGCAGAUGAGGCAAUCCAUGUACGCGUAACCGCGGCUUCUAGAAUGAAAGGACGUUUACGCUCUCACCAUUGGAGGAUCUUAGUCCGUUGCGGUAAGCUUCCGCCCCUUUUUUCGCCUCGUUGGCGCUUGAUCGCGGCUCGCUCGCCGCCCAAACCUUGCACAGUUGGCGACCAAGCCUCAGGUCUCUUGGUGCUUCCAAGAUCGCAAGCUUUGACGCGACGCGACGCAUGCUGCCGAACAGCACGCUCGUCGCGUCCACUUGACGCCAGUGGGGAGGACUGAACUGAUCUGAAUAUGCUCCCUCCGUGCUCUUUCCUUCCUUUCUUCGCGUCGCUCGGUGCUCUGCUCUUUCCUCCCCUUCUUCUCACAGCUCCCAGAGUCCCACUGCUCCUUCCUUCACGUGUGCUGGCCCUCGCUAGCCCUUACUGGCCGUCGCUGCCUUACCGCAACGGAUCACUGGCUCUCGCAGCUCGCCGCCUCUCAGCUGCCUUGGCUUGCGCCAAUCCCGCGAUGCACGCGCGGGCUCGUGGCAGUACUGCUCCCUGCGAGUUGUAGUAGGGGUAGCACAGCAUGUCUUCCCCAAACCGCUCCCCGCAUCGCAUUGCGUCUUACCGCUUCCCCUUUAGCACAGCUCUUCUUCCCCAAACAGCCCCCCAAUUCCCCCCGCUUUCCUCCAUCUCCCAGUCUCCUCGAUUGCGCGCCUACUAGCGAGAAGGGGGGGAAGGGUGGGGGGGCGCCACAGUGAACCGGACUGAACCGACUCGGAGUAUCGAGUAGAGAUCGCGCAGCCGUGGUCAAAUGAUUCGGGUGCGCUGUCGCUGAGGGGGGUUACUGUGCGCUGUCGCUGAUAGGGGGUUUACUGUGUGCGCUGGGGUUUACUGUGAGCGCUGUCGCGGAGAGGGGAAACAAUUCGCGCGCGCUGACCUCGCCUAAUCCUCGGGCUGUCCGCGAGGCGGCGGCUGGGAGUCAGAGUCGAGCCUUGCUAGAAUAAAUACGGUCGCCGCGACUCCUAGUAGCAGACACCCACGACUCCCACCAAGCGCUAGUAGCUCGUGAAUGUGCUGGAUUCGCGGCCUUUCACUCGCUGUGACAGUAGCAUCCCUACCCGUGAGUGCAUCGUGCAUGCCACAACUUCCAGCAGCUCUUGAAUUCCCAAGAUUCGCCAUUGACUCCGAGUCUCCGUGAGUGGUCGCUCCGACUCGAAGAUACGAUUGCCAGCUGAUACUACUAUAGCACUCCGCUCGCCUUAUACCACCACCAUCACCACCAUCACCACCACGACAUGAACCAUCACCACAACGCCAAGCACCAUCAGCACCACGACAUGAAUCACCAUUGUCGUCGGCACCGCCCUACCCAGCAGCGCGUUGAUGCCGCCGCGUUUCACGCCGGCAGCCCUACCACGACCUUCGGCUUCCCCGCGUCCCCUCCUAGCCUGGUGAAUGCGGCGGACCAUGCGCCCCGUGCUCUUGGCCUGCUGGCGCUACAGCGGCAGCAGCAGCACCAGCUGCAGCAGCUACAGCACCUGCAGCACCUGCAGCACCUGCAGCAGCAGCAGCAGCAGCAGCAGCAGCAGCAGCUGGGGCGGCGGCAGCAGCGGUCGCUGCUGCGGCAGUGGUUCCAUGAUGCCCCUGACGGCCUCGUUGCGUCCUCCUUUGACCGAUUCAAUCAAGUCAACGCCACAGUCAACACCACAGUCAAUGCGGUCAACACAAUCAAUGGAGCUACACGACCCGAAGACUUAGACUCUUUGUCAGCCUCGGGCUCGACUUUGAAACCGGGGUCAGAUUCGAUGCGAGUGGGGAAGGCGAGGGAGGCGCACGUGGGGGAGGUGUUAAUCCGGCGUUCAGGGGACAUCCGAGACAAGUGGAUUCUGCUGAAGCGGGAGAUCGGCAGCGGGCAGUACGGCACGAUAAGGCGAUGCGUGCACCGCCGCACCGGGGAGCACGCUGCAUGCAAGAGCAUCCGGAAAACGAGCUUCCAGAGCGCUGCUGACGUGAAGGCAGUGCGGAAUGAGGUGGCAUUUAUGGAGGAGCUCAAGGGGCAUCCCAAUAUUAUUCAGAUCAAACAGGCUGCGGAGACACAAAAGCACGUGCACGUGGUGAUGGAGAUCUGUGAGGGGGGAGACCUGUUUGACCUCAUCGCCCGCCAUGGAAGGCUCUCAGAACCUUCUGCAGCGCGCAUCUUCAGAUCCCUCAUGCUGGCCCUGCACCAAUGCCACUCGCACGGCAUUGUGCACCGCGAUAUAAAGCCUGAGAACGUUCUUAUAUCGAAUGGUUCUUGUAACGAGGGCAUCGAUGAAGCCAUCUUGAAAAUGUGCCCAGAAUCCCCAGAAUCGCCAGAAACACCAGAAUCACCCGCUGAAUGCAUCAAGCUGAUCGACUUUGGAGUCGCAGCACGGCUCACUCGGGGUGUUCCACUUUCUGACGUGGUGGGCACCCCAGAGUACAUGGCUCCAGAGGUGUAUUCCGAAUCGUACGGGCGUGAGUGCGACGUGUGGAGCGCUGGGGUCACUCUCUUCAUCAUGCUCUGCGGCACGACUCCGUUCGUGCGUGAUAGACGCAACAGCCAUGACAGCUCCAGCAGCAGCAGCAGCAGCAGCAGCAGCAGCAGCAGCAGAAGAAGUAGAAAUGGCAGCAGGAGCAGCAGUGGGGAGGAUGGGGAAACAUCAGGUAGUAAUGGGAUGUGGCGGAGGGUGUUGGAGGCGAGGAGGAGGGGGUUCAGCCACAGCCGGAGGUGGCAGGAGCUGUCGUCAUCAGCCAAGCAUCUCAUCAUUCGCAUGCUCUCUGCUGACCCCAGGAGCCGCAUCACCGUGCAGGAGAUUCUUGAGCACGAAUGGAUUGCGGCCUCUCGGCGGACAGGAGAGACUCAUUAGCUGGUUGUGGCCUGGUUCCAUUAGUCAACAGUUAAUGCUGAAUAGAUACAUCCGCUGUAUAGUAUGAUGGUGGUAAUACAUGUAUAAUAUAUAGAAAACCAUUGCUACAAUAACAUACGUUCUGAUGCAUACUGGCUGAAUAGAGGGAAUGGGGCGUUGUAGGAUAAGUAGACAGGAUUAUUGUAGGUGUAGCGUAUGGUUUUGUUUGGAGGAAUCACGAGU